UCUAAUUUCAUAAUUCUUUUUAAUUUUGUAUCUUCACAGUUGCGAUUCAUCAUGUCGGAGAGGACGAAAGUGACGAAGGCAGAACUUGAAAGAAAGAGGCUACGCCUUCAACAGAUCAGAGAGGACAAGAAACGCAGAGAAGAUGAUAAAAAGAAAGAGGCUGAGAAUGCUGCUAAAGCUGCUGCUGCUUCUCCAGCCGUGCCUGGCUCUGUGUUGGAUAAAAAAAGACAAGAAGCCGAUGAUAUCCUCAGAGGUCUUGAUCUUCCUGAAUCAGCCCCUUUAGCUGCAAUUUCUCCUCCAGAAUUGAAAGCUAAGGAUACAAGUGGAGAUGCCAAGCCAAAACAGAGUGUUAGUCCGGCUCACAAAACUACCAAGCUCACCGUAUCUAAGAUUACCCAAGCUGGAUUCCCACCAAAGGAAAUGGUAUCAUACUCCAAAGAAACACAAACUCCAACUGAAACUCCAGAGGAUGAGGAUGAUGAGCCUAAAACUGAGUCAGUGGAAGCAGAGCAAUCCGUUCAGGAAGCACCAAAACCUGAAGAGAAAGUUGAGGAAGAAAAACCAGAAGUUCCUAAGGAAUAUACUGAAGAAGAGAAGGCCCAGCUGGAAAGUACAGAAGCUUAUCAAGUUUUUGUUGAUCACUCUGUGCGCCUGAUGGAAAGAGCUCUGUCAGAGAAUGUUGAUAUAUUCACAGAUUAUGAAGGCAAGGGAGACGGUGAUGGUGAAGGUGACAAAGAUGCAGGAGCUAAGUUGUCUUUGAAUCGUUCCUUCUCUGAUGAACGUUGGUCACGUCAUAGGGUUGUCACAUGUCUGGAUUGGUCCAAUCAGUAUCCGGAGCUGCUGGUAGCUUCUUAUAAUAACAAUGAAGAAUCUCCACAUGAGCCAGAUGGUGUAGCUUUGAUAUGGAAUAUGAAAUACAAGAAACAAACACCAGAAUACAUCUUUCAUUGUCAGUCUGCAGUUAUGUCAGCUGGCUUUGCUAAUUUUCAUCCUAACAUGGUGAUCGGAGGUACAUACUCUGGUCAGAUUGUAUUAUGGGACAAUAGAAGCUCAAAGAGAACUCCAGUACAAAGAACUCCAUUAUCAGCAGCUGCACACACACAUCCUGUGUACUGUGUUAAUGUGGUUGGAACUCAGAAUGCUCACAAUCUAAUCAGCAUCUCAACCGAUGGGAAGAUGUGCUCCUGGAGCUUGGAUAUGCUCUCCCAACCUCAGGAUAGUAUGGAACUGAAGCACAAACAGUCCAAACCUGUGGCCGUUAUGAGCAUGACAUUCCCAAGCAAUGAUGUCAAUAACUUUGUUGUUGGUAGUGAGGAUGGUUCAGUAUAUACAGCCAGUAGACAUGGCAGCAAAGCUGGCAUAAAUGAAGCUUAUGAAGCUCACCAGGGACCAGUGACUGGUAUUGACUGUCAUCAUGUACCCGGACAACUGGAUUUCUCUCAUCUUUUCCUCUCAUCAUCCUUUGAUUGGACCAUCAAACUUUGGAGUCUCAAGAAAUCGAGUCCAGUGUACUCCUUUGAGGAUAAUAGUGACUAUGUGUAUGAUGUAGAGUGGUCUCCAUCUCACCCAGCCCUCUUUGCUGCUGUGGACGGAAUGGGAAGAGUAGAUCUAUGGAAUCUUAACAAUGAUACAGAGGUCCCCACUGCCAGUGUCACGUUGGAUGGCCAACCAGCUGCUAAUAGAGUCAAAUGGGGACAUCAAGGAAACCAGAUUGCUGUUGGGGAUGCUGAAGGAAAAAUAUGGAUAUAUGAUGUCGGAGAGAGUCUUGCAAUGCCACGCAACGAUGAAUGGUCCAAGUUUGUACGUACCCUAGCUGACAUCAGAGCAAAUACACAGACUGAUACGGAUGAAGAAGCAUCAAGAUAAAUUUAUGCUGUUGGUUGUUGCUUCACUUAAGGACGUUCCACAGUUAAAGUGAAAUCCAUGUCAUUUUCACCAAACUUUGCACAUAGAUACUUUAGAACCUUAAUAUUCGAAAUAUGCACAAAUUAACAUAGGUCCAUGUGCUUGAUUUUUUGCUAUAGAACUUCAAAGUUCACCCAAAUUGAUGUUCUUAAGAAUUGCGCAUUCAAAAGAAUUUGGCAUUUUUAGACCGCCCAAGAUUACUACAAUGAGUUUAAACCUGUAUUACUCAGUCAAAAUACAUGGAAAAGUCAUCAGAUAUCGCAAGAGAGUUAAUAAUUGUAUCGUUAGAAUGGAGAAUAUAUUUAUAGUGCUAUUUGUUUGCAAUUUUAAGUUUAACAGCACUGUCAGUUCUUAAAAAUGGCGUAAAAGAUAACAAAAUCCCAAUCUAAAAAAUGUGAAAUGUCAGUAACAAACUACAAAAGUACAAUAAAUGCUGCACUUUAUUCAAAAUCCAUGUCAUUUUCACCAAAAUUUGUAGAGUUGUAGAGGAAGGUAUACCUAAGAGGAACAAACAUUAAACAAUAGGGGUUCAUGUGCUUGUUUUUAAACUAUCAGUAUUUUUAUUAGAGCAAAUGUGCUUUUUAAAACACCAAAAAUGCGCCGAAUGCUUUGUAUCUAUGUGAAGAAAAAAUCAAAACCACUCUACCAUUUAUUCAAACUCGGGGUAAUUUUCGUGAUUCUUGGCAGCACUGCAGAGUAAAGUAUUUUGAAAUUGUAGAGAAUCUUUUUUUGAAUGGUCCAUGGAAUAAUUCCAUUUUUUAGCUUCAUGAAAUAACGCAUCAGAUCUGCAGUUAAAGUGCAGAAGAUGAGAAAAAUCAGCACAUACCCGCAGCUAAUUAAUCACCUGUUCAUCCAUUGUGACGUCAGCGCGCAGAGUGUAAACUAUGCGCAGAUCAUAAUGCGCACAAACAUAACUGUGGAACGUCCUUAAAACAAUACUGGAGGGCAAGUAUCAGAUUCCAGGGCCUCUUUAGACUCAAAAGCCCGUAUUCUGAACUUUGCUUUUUUUUAAAUUCUGGUCUAAAGUUGGGGUUUAACUAUGGAUAGCCAAUAGAGACAGGUUUGUUUCAGAGUACAAGUUCAGUUUCAGUAUAGCUAAAAAGUGACUGUUAUAGGUCUACCCCUUCAAAGAAUCUAACACAAAUCAACUUUGAGCGGCCAAUCUGGGAAAAUGUGGUUGAAAUGUUUUGUAACCCCCCUCCCCCCCUUAUUGGUUAAAGCUGGAUCUGCACCUGUUUAUAUUAAAAGGUGAAGGUAAUUUGUAACUUUAUGUGACUUUGCUUCAGGCAAAGUUCAAUUUUGAUGUAAUUGCUAAAUGCUGGAAACUUGCCGGUUAAAACUUUCAUAAAAAAAAAUUGAUUUAUAUUUUAUCAAUUUCAAAAUGAUUAUAGCUUGCAAAAGCUUAUACAUUUAAUUCCAUCAGACCAAUGGAGUA